AUGCCUUCCGCUACCACCAACCAAUCUUCCGCAACCACUCGAUGGCAAGAUAACCUCCAAGACAAAUGUCACGAGUAUGGCUGGGUCAUGCCAGAGUUUCAGAUCGUGUCAGACAGGAGAGGCGGCCGUACAGCAUGGUCAUGUAUUGUCAAAGUCUGCGGUACACCUGUCAAGGCCAAAUUCUGGUACGACGGCAGAAACCUCAACAACGCAAAGGAGGAUGCUGCUGAGGCUGCGUUGCUUUGGCUCACCAGCUCGGGCUACUAG